CUCGUUGUUUUCCCUCCGUCGUGCACAUCUACAUUACGAUAUAGCAGAUUCACAAUCUGGGAUCUCUUAAAUCCGGCUCCUCCGCGGGCGAUCUGUCUAUACGCCCCCAAGCCAGCCCAGAAUGAACGGAGCCAAUGUCAAUGGCGGGUAACGGUCAGGGCAGAGUCUGACCUCGAGCGACGAGCCUCGGUAUGUUUCUGCUGGAACCGACCCCACACUUUUGAAUCCUAGGUACAGUUCACGUCACUUGUAUUUGAGGGUGAAUCCAGAUCCCCAGAUUCAGACUUCUGUUUUUGUCUUGUGAAUGCGAAUGUUGUUGACUGGACUUUGAGAAAACACCUGUUAUUCCAAGUUGGCAUCUCCUUCCCUCCAUACUUCUGGCAUCACAUUUGAUACAUCAGACUCAGAACCAGAACUUAUUGUUAUCAAGAUGGCUUCAGUACCAGCCCUCAAUACACCGCUCACAAAGCUCCUGGGAAUUAAAUACCCGGUGAUGCUUGCGGGGAUGGCGAGGACAUCAGGUGGACCUCUCGCCGCUGCUGUGUCCAAUGCAGGAGGUAUCGGUACGAUUGGAGGCUUGGGCUAUACACCCACCCAAUUGCAAGAGAUCAUCGACGAACUCAAAGCAAACCUCACCGAUCCUUCUUUGCCCUUUGGCGUCGACCUCGCCCUGCCCCAAGUAGGCGGAUCUGCGCGCAAGACCAACCAUGAUUACACACACGGACAACUUGACGAGCUGAUUGAAGUGACCAUCAAGAACGGAGCCAAGAUCUUUGUGUCGGCCGUCGGAGUACCUCCAGCACGGACGAUCAAGCGUCUUCACGAAGCCGGAAUCCUAGUGAUGAACAUGGUGGGCGCACCCAAGCAUGCAGAGAAGGCCUUGAAGGCGGGUGUGGAUAUUGUAUGCGCGCAAGGAACCGAAGGAGGUGGACACACAGGUGAUAUUGCCAAUUCGAUCCUGAUUCCCGCCGUGGUAGAUGUGGCCAAGAAAUACAAGUCGCCAUUGACCGGCGAGCCGGCAUUGGUGGUUGCCGCAGGAGGUAUCUACGAUGGACGAAGCCUGGCGUCGUCGCUGAUGCAAGGUGCCGUGGGUGUCUGGGUCGGCACGCGGUUUGUCACUGCUGAGGAAUCGGGCGCCUCGCGCAUGCACAAGGAAGCGGUCGUCAGCGCCGACUUCAACGACACCACACGCACAUUAGUAGUGAGUGGACGGCCGCUGCGCAUGAAGCUCAACGACUAUGUCCGCAAUUGGGAGGCUCAGCCCGCCAAGAUUAAGGAAUUGACAGACCGAGGGAUCGUGCCCAUGCAGUACGAUCUGGAGCAGGAGAAUGAGGUCGACAUGCCCUUCUUGAUGGGUCAGGUUGCUGCCAUCAUCCAGGACAUCAAGCCGGCAAAGGAGAUUCUGGAGGACAUGGUCCGUCAAGCUGUGCAACAAUUGAGACUCGGCGCUACCUACAUCGAAGGAGGCAAGAGUAAAUUGUGAUUUGGGUAUUCAUGACAAUCAACGGCAGUAGAAAGAGUAUCACUGUAGCUUGAUAUCAUGUGGAGUACAUCGUAUUGAUUGACAGAUUGGCAAAAGCUCUGUAGAAGCAAGUCAAGACGAGGUUCAGC